UAUGUUUAGUUUUCUCAUAUAGUGUGGGAGAUAAUAUUCAUUCAGCGUGCUGAAUCGCAUUUGCCACAUAAAAGUCAAAGUUGCAUCUUUAAGAAAGAACGUUUCAUAUUUUAAUUCAUUAGACUGACAUUUAAUUUCCCAUAAUUCAUCACGAAUGGCGCUGUGACGUUGGAUAGUAUCCUUGGGAGGGGAUAGAAAGAAAGUGCUCAACAUCCAAAGCAAAGGAAUAAAGCUAAAAAUUUAGCACAGGCUGUAACGUUUACAGUGUGAGUGUGCAGUCCUCCUUGCCGAGGAAGGAGAGGCACCAGGGACCAUGAGUGAGAAUGGCCCUCAUACGGAGGCGCCCAUGUACUUUGAGGUGGAGGAGGAUCACCUGGAGCGGGAUGACGAAGAAGAAGAAGACAAGAUCCACUUUGGCAAAGAUGAUGACCUGAUCCCUGAGCCUUCGUCGUCCUCUGGUCGGGUGUACGACCGCACCACAGUGCUGAUUGAGCGGGACCCCAUCCGGCUGGAUGAGGAGGGUGAAGAAGAGGGUCACUGUGGAGGGGAUGAAGAUGGGGUCACCUUCCUAACUGAAGGCGAAGGUGAUGGAGAUGAGGAGGAGGGCUCUCUCAACUUUAUGACUGACCCCGAUGGCAUGUCACAGGGUUAUGUGCACCAUACUAUUUCUCCAGACCAGAUCCAGUUCACAAUAAAUCCAGGUUCCACCCCCAUGCCACGCAACAUAGAGGGGGCCACCCUCACCCUGCACUCUGAGUGUCCAGAGACCAAGCAGAGAGAGGUGAAACGCUACCAGUGUAUGUUCGAGGGAUGCACCAGGACGUACAGCACGGCUGGAAACCUGCGGACGCACCAGAAGACACACCGGGGCGAGUACACAUUUGUGUGCAAUCAGCAGGGCUGUGGAAAGGCCUUCCUCACUUCAUACAGCCUCAAGAUCCAUGUCCGUGUUCACACCAAGGAGAAGCCGUUUGAGUGUGAUGUGCAAGGCUGCGAGAAGGCCUUUAACACGUUAUACAGGCUAAAAGCACACCAGAGACUUCACACAGGCAAGACAUUCAACUGUGAAUCAGAGGGAUGCACCAAGUACUUUACCACACUCAGCGACCUGAGGAAGCACAUUCGCACUCACACUGGAGAGAAGCCAUUCCGGUGCGACCAUGAUGGCUGUGGCAAAGCCUUUGCUGCAAGUCAUCAUCUAAAAACACAUGUACGGACGCACACAGGGGAGAAGCCAUUCAACUGUCCCAGUGACGGCUGUGAGAAGACUUUUAGCAGCCAGUACAGUCUGAAGAGUCACAUCCGGGGCCACGACAAAGGACAGCCCUACAGCGUCACCCUCUCCCAUCCGCUCUCUGAAGAUGCAAAUCACUCGCUGUGCCUCAGUGACUUGAGCCUCAUCUCUACAGAUUCAGAGCUACGAGAAAACAUCCAUAAUGCUCAAAAUUUGGACCUCAGUAACGUGACCCCAGUGAAAAUCUUUGAGCUCAUGUUCCAGAGUCCUGAAAAUAGUGUCAGUCGAGAUGAUGCCCAUCCCAGCGAGAGCCUUGCUAAAGCCUUCAGCCUAGAGACCUCUACCCAACCGGUAGUGGCUGAUACCUCGUCUCUCAUCUCUUUCUCUCUCAAUCCUACCUCCUCAUCUUCCUCAUCCUGUUCCCAUACAACUGCAGUCAUGGAGGCUCCUUCCCAGCUCAGUCAGAGCUCUUCCUCUCAGGCCUCCACCCCUGCCUCCGUCACUGCUACUGUCAGCUCCACACAGCCUCCUCCUUUCAUGCAACUUACCGGGCCGCAGCAGAUCUCUGACGUGUCUGUCCAGGCACCAAACCAUGUCACCACACAGCACUACGUGGCACUGCCACCCACAUUCCUGCACACCGAUAGUGCCACUCAGACCACUCCUGUACCACCACCCGUCCCUGCUCCUCCUCCAGUGGCUCCAGCACUGACCACCACAUCGCCAGGCACUGCUGCUGUAUCUGUUGUUUCAGCCACCACAACGGAUGCUCUGGCAGCUGUGGCUCAACCUGUGCCUUUGGCCAGCAACCCCGUCUCCAACUCUGGCCCUGGUUUGUCUACCACGCCUGCAACCAUCACCAUAGCUCCCACCCAGAACCUGCUGCAGCCCAGCUUGGUCAUGUCUGACCAGAAUCUCCAGUGGAUCCUGAGCAGUGCUGCCAACAGCCAACCUAACCCAGAGCAAGCGCCACAUCAAGGAGCUCCAAAGGUGGAAAAGGUGUUCUUCACCACAGCCAUACCAGUGGGAGGAAAUCCUGGCAACUCGGUCCAACAGAUCGGCCUUAGCCUGCCUGUCAUCAUCAUCAAACAGGAGGAAUCCUGCCAGUGCCAGUGUGCCUGCAGGGACUCUGCUAAAGACAAGAGCUCAAAGAGUGCCUCCUCCAUUGUUUCAGCCCCAGCACAGCCGCAAACAUCAGAGCCCCCGCCUCCCCCACUAUCACAGCCCCCAGAGCCUCCACAUCAUCCAGCCACCUCAUCCUCCUCAUGCUGCCUCCCCGAGUCUUCCUCUAAGGUGGGCGAGGUGAUGCUGGAGGCCCUGUCUACUUCCUCCUCCUCAUCAGCUCAGACUUUCUCCACAAGAGUGAGCAGCACUGCCACCAACCCUCACUCAUCCGACGGGUUAGCCAAUAUGGAUGUCUCAGACUUCCUCUCCCUGCAGAGCCCCGAGACCGCUGCCAACAUUGAGGCUCUGCUGCUGGUCGCUGAUGACUUCAGCAUGGCCACUGAUGGCAAUCCUUAGAAGAGCUGCCUUCUGAGUCUGGCACCAUGUGUUUGUUGCACCCACAUAUCCACAGGCAUCAAUUCCACCCACGUCUCGAGUCAUUCUCCACAGUGACGCCUUUUCUUUCUCCCUAUAUAGUGUGUUCAUCAAAAACCCCUUGUACCUGCAGUGCAUUCUGUUCUGUGUGGCAUUGUGCAACAUAUAUACACGCACUAUGAAUAAUUUUUGAGUUUCAUUACAGUAGUUGAGUUUUUAAAAACAGGAUUAGUUUGCUUAUUGAGAUUUAGCAACAUCAUUGCAAUUUAAUGCAGGGGAAAGGCAGUAGAUCCUUUGUUAUAAUCAAACUGUAUAUAAUAACCCUUGAUAUCCUUUCUGAAUUGAUUGAAUGAAGCAAAUGAGUUUUGUCCAAGCACUGAUAACUUGAGAGUUCCACUUGCCUGACUUGAAGGUUUCUGGCCCAAGCAGGAAAACAAAACUUGUCUGUAUAUCCGUGUACUGUACUGCAGGUCCUAACAAAUGCUUAAAGCUGGUAUGCAACUGACCAGAAUGCACUGUAUAUUAGAGGAAUUUGCUAUAAAUUUAUCAAGCAUCGCUCCCAGCAGGAAAUUGAAGGGGUUGGGCACAAGAGCCCCUCAUAAGGCUGUCAUAAAAUAUGAAGUGAUUUCCUAAGUAUUUUUGUUUCCUAGUAAGACUAAUGUAUUCCAGAAAAUGUGAUAAUUGUUUUCUACUUAUUUUGACAGUUAUUUACUAAUUGAGAAAACAAACCUGUGACCAGAUCAGCCUGUCUUUUUUUUUUUUAAGUGAAAUUAAGUCAGUACAUCAAUAAGUUGCCUAUAACUUAAACUAAUUUAAAAUUGUACAUGUUAAUUUAUUUUAAUGCUUGAUUUUUGCAUUAUGCUGGUAAUAAUAUCUUCAAGAUAGCAGAGAAAUCUAUUAUUAAUUUAUUCCAGUCUUUUUUUUUUUUUUUUUGCGUUUGUGUUUUUAAGUUGAGCUGUUUUUUAUGUUACUGAAUUGCUUUUUUAAUUUUUUUAAUGACGUAAGGGGUUUUGCUUAAAGAAAAUUUGAGAAGAGAGGCGGAGGACUUAUAGUAGACUGCACAGCUGUGCAAAUUAAUCCUCUAGGAUCUGCUUGUUUGCAAAAUUGUCCACAAUGAAACGGUAAGGAACUACUGUCAACAUCCCAUGUUUUAUAGGGUUGUGACCCUCUCAGGGAUGCAUCAAGUCAUAACUGAUCCUGGUUCCCUUAAUUUGUCACUCAGACUUAAGUUUUUCUUACAAGAUGUCCCACUCUUGCAGUAGCCCUACGUUUUGCUGCACUCUUCCCUGUUUAUUGCACACUAACUCGUAACAUGAGUAAUCUGACAGCUUUGUUAGCUGAGGUGCAGCACCGCUACAGACUUUUGUACACAACUGCUGUAAAGUAGCAUUUGAAAGUUUGUGUCCUGGCGACAGUGUAAAUACAGUACAUUUUAGCGUAAACAUCUUUAAGAAACUUGUAGAUUAUUCUAGAAUUUGUAUUUUUUUAUAGACUUGAAUUACUAACUCUCAAAGUUUGGAGCUCAUGUAUCCUGGCACCCCCACCCCCACCCCCACCCACCCAGUCACAUUAUGCAGAAGAGGUUUUUUUGUUGUUGUUGAGUUGAAUAGUUCUACUAGCAGCUGGGCUUUUGUACAUAGUAACAAAAUGUAUGUAACACAUAGCCUCCUCCUCCUCCUCAGAGUAUAAUUUAACAGUAUUGUUUCACGUGGGACACAAUGCAAUGAUAGCGGGAAGGCAUUAUGCCCUGUAUACUCGAGUGUAGAGCUACUUGGCCUUACAACGUAACUGUUCUAUGAGCCUUUUUUGCCUUGGCAGUCUCUGCUUCACUCUUACAACUGACAUGCCAACACACUCAUCGUCACCGAGUCUCAGGCAGUCACAAAUCACAAUGAGGCAAAAGCAUCAUGACAGAAAAGUUGUUUUUUUUUUUUUUUAAAUAUAUAAAAAGAAAGUCAUUACAAAGUCCUUAAUGGAUAUUUAGCGUUGCCUAAAAUAAAAUCAGCUACAUCACAAAUGCAGGUGAUGUGAUUCUACAUUUUAGACAAUUGAAAUGCAUGUCCCAGAAAUCACAUCUGACUUUCUUUUAUUUUUGCAAUAAUUUAAGAGUGGAGCUGUUUCAAGAAGGAGGUUAGAUAUGUUGUUAAAAACUCCAGUCACACAUUUUGUCCUCUAAACCUUUCUUCAUAUGAGGUAUUCAAUAUCAGGACUGUCUUUAUCGUCUUGCAAAAUGCUAAUAAUUUACCAGACAUUUCGCUGUUAUGGUACUAUCACUAAUUACUGCCUGGAGUCAAGUUCAUACCAUCAAGACAUAUUCCCAUACAUGCAUACAGUCAUUAAACAAAACUAUGCAAUUAUAAGUGCGGCAUUCACGAGUUUAAAUACAGACUCCGACACAAAAAGAUUAUUUAUUCCUCCCGCCAUUAAAUGAUAUUCUGCUACAACCUGAUAUGCAGAACUCCACACGCAACAGCUGUCUUUCAAAUGCAUAUAAGAUGAACAUGCUCCAUGAACCCCAGUAUAUUGCAUUUUAUAUUUCUGGUGUUGUGAAUCUGGAUUUUGCGGUGUGUCCAUCCGAGUACUAUGCCCAUAAAUGUUGCACCACGGCUUUCCUUCAACUGGAUUUGUUUUAAGGUGUGUUUAGUGAUGAGUGAUUCUGUUUUAAGAAUUAUUUUUGGUCAACUGUGUUCAGAUUUUCCUAUACUUUUUUUUUGUUUUUAGUUUUUGUUUUUUUACUUCUACAUUUUAUGCACAAACAUGUUUAUUUGGGCUCACUCCAUUUAUGUAAUCAUCUCAGCCUUGCACAUAUUUAAAUUUGACAUGUGGAUAAUCUGCUGGCUCAUCUUCAGUGAAAAUCAAAGUUAUAGUCACCAAUAUUUGUUUUAGUCAAUAAGCAGAGAAUCUUUUUUUUGUUAAAAACGUGGCCCACAAGGUUUGUCUUUCUGGACUUAACCAGAAAUGGCAACGUAAGCAAAUCGCCGAUGUUGGUUGACAUUUGUUUGGAAGCACAUUGAGUGUUUUUGGAAAAUGAGAAUUUCUCAAAAACAGAUUUUUAUUUACAUUUUUUUUUCUUUUUCUUUUUUUUUGAAAUGGGGAAACUAUAUGCUUCCAAAGGAAUGUCUUGACACCCAAAGAGUGAGGAAUUGUUAUGGAUUUGUAUUUUUAAAAGAAUGUAUAAUGUGAAAAAUGUUUGCUUAUGCUUGUUUCAUAUAAAGUAUUAUGAUAAAUAACUUUCUGAAUUGAGAGCAAUAUAAUACUAAUAAAACCUUAUCCUUGUCACUGAAA